UCUGCUUUGCAUCAAGAAGCAUCAAGCUAUAAUUUCUGUUUGUUGUUUUUCUUUGUUUUGAUUUGAAAUUUUGAACGAUUAUUAAAUAUUACAAAAAAAUUUUGAACCUUAAAUUGUAGAUACAUUCAUUACAGUUAGGUCUGAAACAGAAUGGCUGAUGAAGAUGUUAUCCGAAGAAGACUACUUAUUGACGGAGAUGGUACUGGUGAUGACAGAAGGCUGAAUGUUUUAUUGAAAACCUUAAUAAAAUGGUGUAACAGUUCUGAUGACAAACCUGAAGAGAGUAAAGCAACACAUGACAGAAUGCUUGCUCAAAUAGCUCAGUGUGAGUUUGCUGUGACAAAAUCACAGCUUGGUUCUGAAAUGAUGGCCGCUGAGCUAAAAAGUUAUGAAGAAUUAUCAAAAAUACUUGAAACUGGUAUUGAAGUGGCUAAAGGGAACAUUGAAAAAAGUAAGGCAGAUCUUGCACAGGCCAAGACAGUGCGUAAGAACCGUAUAGAAUAUGAUGUGUUAGCCAAAGUUAUCAGUGAACAACCAGAUAGGAAGGAGACAUUAGAGCGUUUGAGUACUUUGAAAACGGAACUGAGUAGCUUAGAGGCUACGAAGCACCAAUUGGAGAGCAGAUUAGCAUUGAGAAAGAAACAGUUCCACGUAUUGGUGACAUCUAUACAUCAGUUACAAGCACUGUUGGACGAACCUGAUGAUGUGGAGCCCAUGUCUGAUGAUGUUGAAAUGAAAGAAGUUGAAAGUACAACAUAAUUUGUAGUAAUAUUUGUAAGUGGAAUAAAAUUUCUGUACAUUAUUUUCUUCUUA